GCCCGGGCUCGGCCCGCCCGCCGCGGCCUCAGCAUGGCCGGCUUCGCCGACCUGAACCUGCCGCAAGGGCUGGACAAGAAGUCCCUGCAGAUCGGCAUCGUUUUGAAUUGCUCGCUUUUGGGAUAUUCUGCAGUUGCACUUAAUCAUGUCAUCGAUUUUAAAGAAAAGAAACAGGAAAUCAUCAAGCCAGUGUCGCCUUCAGAGUUGUUUCCAUCUUUACCUAUUGUACAAGGGACAUCUAAAAAAAUUAAAGUCUUGACCCGGUUAACACUUGUUGUUUCUGAUCCUUCCCACUGUAAUCUCUUGAGAUCGACAUCUGCAAAUAUAAGGUUAUAUGACAUCAUAGCAGUAUUUCCAAAAACUGAGAAACUAUUCCAUAUUGCUUGCACGACACUAGAUGUGGAUCUGGUCUGCAUAAAUGUAACGGAAAAGCUGCCAUUCUACUUCCGAAGGCCCCCUGUGAAUAUGGCAAUAGAUCGAGGCAUUUACUUUGAACUUCUUUACACGCCUGCCAUCAAAGACUCUACAAUGAGAAGAUACACAAUUUCAAAUGCCAUCAGCCUGAUGCAGAUCUGCAAAGGAAAGAACAUAGUUAUAUCUAGUGCAGCUGAAAGGCCUCUAGAGCUCCGAGGUCCUUAUGAUGUGGCUAAUCUAGGUUUGCUGUUUGGCCUCCCAGAAGGCGAAGCAAAGGCAGCUGUGUCCACCAACUGCAGGGCCACCAUGCUGCAUGGAGAAACUCGAAAGAGUGCCUGUGGUGUGGUCUACACAGUGAAGAAGCCUCGCAAGGUUGAGGAGGAAGAAACAGCAGUGCCAGCAUGCAAAAAAGCUAAGACUCAAGCUUGAGGACUGAACCAGUUGUCAACAGAAGCCUCCAUCUCUUCUUUACCCAGUGUUCCUCCAGCCAAUCUAAUUUUUCCCUUACUACCUUGCUUCGCCUGCAGAAGAACUAUUCUUCCAGCAUUCGAGUGAGGAAAACUGUGACUGAGACUGCUGAACCAUAUUCACCACAUCUGAAAGGUCACACUGGGCUUCUGGCCAAGGUCAGGAGACUGACUUUUCACCCUGCCUUAGGUCUCCUGGAGUUAAUGCAAACUCAACAGAACAUUUCCAGCAUGGAAAUUUUCACUUGUACGCGUGCAUUCCUUUUUUAUUAAAAACAUGUCUAAGAACACAUGCCUUCA